UUGAAGUACAAGCAACCAGCCGCUGGAGGGAUCGAUGGUUUUUGAUAGAUUGUUAUUUUAGAGAAAGAGGAAGAGAGAGAGAGAUAGAGGUGGAGAUGAUGGAUGGUUUGCCGAGCUGUUUGAUCAGCGAAGAGAUAUUGUGGAAGAUGUUGGAUUUGCAGACACUGUGUACAGUGGCUUGUGUCAGCAAAUCCCUGCGCUUCUCCGUGGACACCGAGGUCCUUCCUUCCCUGGCUUCUCUCGAUCUCUCCAUUGUAUCAAUAGAUGAACACACUCUUUAUCACAUCCUGAGUCGGUUUAAGAGCCAUAGUACACUGACCCUUAAUUGCCAACGCCUCUAUGAUUCGUCGCUCCUCCCUUUUUUGGCUCCACAAAUCCAACAGCUGAAUCUUUUAAGCUGCUCUUUACUCUCUUCUUCAGUUCUUAAUUCUAUAGGAGCUAACUGCCCCUUUCUCAGGGUGCUUGCAGUUGAAUUCGCUGACCAGGGCUCACCACCUAUUUUGUUCAGAAAGAAUGUUGCCUACAUGCUUAACAAGUGCCAGUAUUUGGAGCGUCUCUCUCUAAAGAUCAAGGGGACAGAAGUUGAUGCGAGUGCUUUCCAGUCAAUUGAAUUCUCCCUGCCACGAAGUAUCAAAUUUCUCAAGUUGAAACCGAUGCUUGAAAAUAAUGCAAUCCAUCUCGCUAACAGACUUAGAGUUUCCAAAUCACCAUCGUCCUCUGGUUUUGUAUUGCAGUUCUUGUCACUUCUCUUAGAUGUGAUAUCGGACAGGCUACUUGUCGCCAUAUCCAACUCUCUUCCUCUUUUGGUAGAGUUGCAUCUUGAAGAUAGACCAGAUAAGGAACCAUUACCUGGCGUCGAUUUGACCAAUGGCGGGCUUCAUUUCUUAGGCUCUUGUCAUUUCCUGACUGACCUCUCCCUUAAACGUAGUAGGCAGAACUACCAAGGAUCAUUUAAAAGAAUAAAUGAUAUGGGGAUGUUUCUGCUUUCACAGAGGUGCAAGGCUUUGGAAUCAGUGAGGCUCAGUGGAUUCUCUAAAGUUAGUGAUGCUGGCUUUGCAUCUUUGCUGCACACCUGCCAGAAGCUAAAGAAAUUUGAAGUUCGAAAUGCCUUUUUAUUGUCGGACUUGGCCUUUCAUGAUCUCAUCCAAGCCCCAUGUACCCUAGUUGAAGUGAGACUAUUGUCCUGCGGGCUCAUAACAAGUGAAACUGUUAAGAAAUUGGCCUUUUCUAGGAGCUUGGAGGUGCUUGACCUUUGUGGCUGCAAGAGUGUAGCAGAUUCAUGCCUCAGCUCCAUUUCAUGUCUUCAAAGAUUAACGACUUUGAAUCUCACAGGAGCUGACAUUACUGAUAGUGGUUUAUCAGUUAUUGGUCAGGGGAACACACCCAUUUCGUAUCUGUGUCUUAGAGGAUGUAAGAGGAUAACUGACAAAGGAAUCUCUUUUUUGCUGUGUGGUGGUGGGGCAAUUGCGCAAACAUUGUCAGCACUGGAUUUAGGUUACAUGCCAGGAAUAUCAGAUAAUGGCAUUCUUACUAUUGCUACCUUUGGUAGAGAGAUCACUGAAUUGUGCAUUAGGAGUUGCUUUUAUGUGACUGAUUUGGCUAUGCGAGCACUGGCUACAAAGAGAAGGUCACAAGACAGAAGUAAACAACUUUGCCGAGUUGAUAUUUUCAACUGUGUUGGGCUAUCUGCUGAUGCACUGAAACUUCUAAGGAAGCCUUUAUUUCGUGGACUGCGUUGGAUUGGUAUUGGGAAAACUCAUUUAACAAGUAACGAAGACACCAUGAUUACUGAAAUUCAGAAGGAACGCCCAUGGCUGACUUUGUGUUUGGAUGGAUGUGAAAUGCAAUGUCAUGAUGGAUGGCAGUUCCAUUCGCCCUAAAACAGAAUUACUUUGAUUUGUUUGAACUUCCUUUUCAUGUUAUGAUUUCAAAGUUGAAUUGUACAUGCAUUUAAUUUGUCACUUUUCAAGUUCUUAUUUCUUAAAGCAUAGAUCUCUUAACACAGUCAAGUUAAAAAAGAAAUUGAAUUUUAACAAAUCUCUAUUUGAGCCCACUCCCAA